UUACACAAAGUGCAUUUGUGUUUUAUACGUAUUAGUUUCUUUUUAUAUUAACAUAUUCUGUUAACAUGCAUAAUUUGUUCACUUUCUUUUGUUAGCUUUAUCCUAGAACUCCUGUAGGGGGAAGUACUAGAAGAUCUGUGAACAUCUUGGUCCUGUUACCAUCAUUAACAGUUAAUAUUCUCACUUCCAUUUACUGAUCAGUGACUUGUUACAUAAGAAUCAGUAGUACAAUUAACUGGAACUUUGAGCUCUCACUUCUCUCUUGCAGUAUUAAUAAUGUUCAGGGAGGGAUAUGUGUGUGUGUGUGUGUGUGUGUGUGUGUGUGUGUGUGUGUAUGUGGCAUUUGUGGAUAGUAAAUAUAAUGUACCUUUUCUCUUGGUAUCUUUGUUACGAGUAAUGGUUACUACAUAUUGAUGUGCUUUGUCUUCAUGGGUUAUAGCAGUGUAGACAUAGGUUACUUUCAGGGUAAUCUGCUUCUCCCUUUUUUCUUCUAUCUUUGCUAAAAGCUGUUGCUCCUUCCUACUGAUCAUUGUACCUACUUCUUCUAUUAUAGCCACUUUACUUUCUAAUUUUAUAUCUUCUGGCAGGUUGUGGGCUAGGAAAUAUGAAUAAUUAAGACUUGCGUUAAACAAACAGAUGAAUCCUCAAGGUCUUUAUCAAGUAGGUGGGCUUACUGUUUUCUUUUUUAAGACUGUUUUUUCUUCCACAAAGCCGUAGCCGUUGGGGAAAACUUAGAAAAGACAGUAAAGUAUGUUUAUUUCUAGUACUUAAAAAAAAAGCUUCCAUUCUAUUUUGUGAUUGAGAUUAUUACCUCUUAUUCCUUGUUCUCCCCCUCUCUCCCCACUUAUCAGUAGAUCAACAGGAAUACUGCUGGAUGCUUAUGGAGGUUGGGUUGUUGCGUCAACAAAUAGAAGAACAUGAAAAAAUCAAGGAAGAGAUGGCCAUGGAGUAUAAGCAGGAGUUAAAGAAACUACAUGAAGAAUUAGGCAGACUGAAGAGAAGCUAUGAAAAGCUGCAGAAAAAGCAAAUAAGGGAAUUCAGAGGAAAUACCAAAAGUCCCAGGGAAGAUCGAUCUGAAAUUGAGAGGUUAACUGGAAAAAUAGAGGAAUUUCGUCAGAAAUCUCUGGACUGGGAGAAACAACGCCUGAUUUAUCAGCAACAGGUAUCUUCUCUGGAGGCACAAAGGAAGGCUCUGGCUGAACAAUCAGAGAUAAUUCAGGCUCAGCUCGCCAAUCGGAAACAGAAAUUAGAGUCUGUGGAGCUAUCCACCCAAUCAGAAAUUCAGCACCUGAGCAGUAAGCUGGAGCGGGCCAAUGACACUAUCUGUGCCAAUGAGUUGGAAAUAGAGCGUCUCACCAUGAGGGUCAAUGACUUGGUUGGAACCAAUAUGACUGUUCUGCAGGAGCAGCGGCAAAAAGAAGAACAAUUGAGGGAAUCUGAAAAACUAUUAGAGGCUCUGCGGGAAGAAAAGAGAGAAUUGAAGGCAGCUCUUCAGUCUCAAGAAAAUUUCAUCCAUGAGGCAAGAAUGCGAAAGGAGAAGCUACAAGAAAAAUUGAAGGCAGUUGACAUGCAACACCCAGUAGAAGCCAUAAGGCCACUGGAGGAGUCUCAGACAGAAAGGAAGUGUACCUCUCAGGGGCAGGGGAACGUAGACAAUGUGCUCUCCCCGUUGAAUUUUACCCAUACUAGUGAAGAACUUCUGCAGGAAGAGGUGACUCGUCUUGAAGGCAGUUUGGAAUCUGUAAGUGCAACAUGUAAACAGCUGAGCCAAGAACUAAUGGAAAAAUACGAAGAAUUGAAGAAGAUGGAAGGACAUAACAAUGACUAUAGGGAAGAGAUUAAGAAGUUGAAGGAACAGAUUAUACAGGCUGAACAAAGUUACAGUUCUGCACUAGAAGGAAUGAAGAUGGAAAUCUCCCAGCUAACUCGGGAGUUACAUCAGCGAGAUAUUACCAUUGCUUCUGCCAAAGGUUCUUCCUCAGACAUGGAAAAGAGACUCAAAGCAGAGAUGCAAAAGUCAGAAGAAAAAGCAGUAGAGCAUAAGGAGAUUUUGGAUCAGUUAGAGUCACUCAAGUUAGAAAACCAACAUCUUUCUGAAGUGGUAAUGAAGUUGGAAUUGGGUUUACAUGAGGCAAAAGAGAUUUCACUAGCAGACCUCCAGGAGAAUUAUAUUGAGGCAUUAAAUAAAUUAGUCUCUGAAAAUCAACAACUACAGAAAGAUUUGAUAAAUACCAAAUCUCAGCUGGAGAUUUCUGUUCAGAUGUGCAAAAAACAAGAUAACAGGAUCUUUAAACCAACACACAGCAGAACGACUGAAUUCAAGAAUACAGACUUCAAGCCAACCCGUGGCCAGCACAGAAAUGAUGGAAUAAAGACUGAGCACUACAAAACUGGUCUUCAUUCUCCCAGAGGACAAGCGUCGGAUAGUAUAGAUCCUAUAUCCAGGGUCCUAAGCCCCCUGAGUCCUCAGAUCAGCCCUGGCAGCUCCACCAUCUCUCUGCCUUCCUACUUUCUGUGUAAAACUCACUCUUUGCCUUCAGCGCUAGAUACAAACGACGCCAAUUUUUCUGACAUUGUGUCUGAGAGUAUGAAUGACCAAGAAGAAUUUAUGUCUUCGUGUUCUUUGCCUGUGUCUCCCCUGGGUUCAAUAGCUACCAGAUUUUUGGAAGAGGAGGAGUUGAGGUCUCAUCAUAUUUUGGAGCGCCUGGAUGCUCAUAUUGAAGAACUUAAAAGAGAGAGUGAAAAGACAGUGAGACAAUUCACAGCCCUAAAGUAGCCCUUAAAACAUCACAAACUUGGAAAUAAAAAUAAACACCAAAGAGUUACUAUCCUUUGAAGUAGCAGCUCUUAAAAACAUGAACAUACAAAAUUACAAAGAGGAUACAUACUAAAGCAGUGGUGAAGAAAUCUGAAAAAUUGGUACUUCCUCAGACAUUUUCACUGCACUGGUUUGUUUGAAGGACUUCUUCCAGCAGUGAUUUGUGAGAAUAAACCAUUUUGAUAGAC